GAUGCAAUCGAAGCUCAGUCUAGGUUGACCACUGUCAAACAAUCGUCAUCGCCGUGAAGAUGGGCGCAAGCACCAAGACAGGAAAAUUUGCCGUCGGAUUUACGGCGGCCGCGUUCGUAUUUAUCCUGAUAUCAUUCUGUUCGCCCUACUGGCUGCAAACCGAUGGGAAGCUGGUCAAUCCUAAGUUCACCAAUUUGGGGCUAUGGGAGUUAUGUCUGAACGAUUUUCAGGAUAUCCACAGGUUUUACGAUACGCGCUUCACCGGUUGCAUGUGGAUAUUUGAAGAGGAAUACUACAUAUUGCAUGACUACAUCCUGCCUGGAUUCUUCAUAGCGGUGCAGUUCUUUUUCACGCUCUGCUUCACGCUAUUGUUGAUGGGAUGUGUGAUGACGUUGGUCUUCCUGGGAUGUUCAAAGGAUAAUGACCGCUACAUCAUGCUGCUGUUGACCAACGGAACGACUAUGGUAGUUGGAGCAAUCUGCGGGCUCAUUGCCGUACUGACGUUCGGAUGCAACGGAGACGGUAGAGAUUGGAUGCCUAACUGGGAACACAACGGAAUGGGUUGGGCGUUCGCAUUGGGAGUCGUGGGAGUGUUCCUGCUGUUUCCAGCUGGUAUAUUGUUCAUUGUUGAAGCAAGGCGAGCAACCUAUCGUCGGUUGAACAAUAUAGCCAACUCCGAAAUGGCUGCCUAUACUAUGGACGAUCGGAAGUAUCGUGGAGGACAUACAGAUAUUUAAGAGUUUAGGAUAAGUAGCCUAUCGCUUUGCCGAAACAGUUUUUUUUAUACAAAGUAGACAUAUAUAAGAUAAGUGAACUCUCAGAACCAAGUAACGAACGAAUCAUCAAACAUAGGCUAGAGUUAGAAAUUUGAUAAGCGUAACAUUCCGUCCAGAUCGCCAUGCGGACGAUCAACUGAUCAUUAGGUACGCAUUUUCCACAAUAAAACCUUUUU